CCCGUCGUGCUCGCAAGCUGUCAAACCGUCGAGAAGAAUCUUCCUCGCGUUUUUCUCUGCGUAACACAAAACAUGGUCUCGAUUUUGCGGUCCAGCAAAUUUGUGCGAUAUUUCGCGGGUUUCGCUCGGAACAUCGUGUUCAACACGGUCCGCGAAACGGAGGGAAGCCUCCUGCAGCAUUCGCAGUGUUUGUGUGGCAACUCGGUCAGUGGAUUUGCUUCAACUGCUGCCAGUUCGAGCCAGGGUCUUGAUAGGUCCCUGAAGCGACUCGAUGAAGAUGUUCGUCGAUCGGGUCGAAUCUCAAGGCGUGAUCUGGAGGAUGUUUUGGAGGAGAUACGGAUGAACCGUUCGGCUACCAGUGCCCAAUCGUUGUUGGUCAUUCGGUGUUGUGGCAAUCUGGUACCGGAGGAAUUGCCAGAAGUUCGAACGGCUUUGGUGCAGGAAAUCUGGAAAACGCUUAACAAUUUGAACGUGGCCAUGGAUGUGUCCCAUUUCAAUGCUCUGUUGCGGGUGUACCUGGACAACGAGCAUCCGUUUUCGCCGACGGAUUUUCUGGCCGAUCUGAAAGCGAAGGGAAUCGAACCGAACAGGGUUACCUACCAGCGGUUGAUCUCCCGGUACUGCCAGGAGGGGGACAUUGACGGGGCCACCAAGAUUCUCGAAUACAUGCGCGAAAAACAGCUACCGGUCAACGAGUACGUGUUUAAUGCGCUAAUCAUGGGACAUUCGCAGGCUGAGUAAGUAUACUUUGAUUUUUUUUAUGUAUUUUAAUUCACAUUUUAUGUUGUCAAAAGAUGCUAGGUACUUUUAGUCAUAAACAAACGAACCGAAACGGGACACUUCUGGUUUUCUAAUAUUGUAUUCAGGCUGUUGCG